AUUACUUUCAGUUUCUGCUUAGUCUGGCUGUGGAUCGUUUGCAAGAAGCAUUGACGCCACUACUGUUACACCUGUGGAAUCAUCCCAGUAAAUACCGUAGACAAAAACCAUUCCCAUCAUCAUAGGAUACCGAAAGAUAUAGGAUUUUUUGUUCCAGCCUCUGAACUGAACUCUUCUUUCAGUUGAUGAGAAGAAGGUGAAAUUGCAGUUUUAAUUGUUGUUUUUUGUUCUUCUCCUGUGUCCGUGCAAGUUAAACCCGGAUUUGCUAUUUUUAUUGUAAAAAUUUAUCUCGCAAAAUCCCAGAGGAGGAGGAGGAAGGAAGGGAAGUGACAUUUACUUUAGGUUAGAAAUAGCGAGUGCAAGAAAAAAAGCUCCUUUUUGGUGACUGCAUUUCAUUACCACGGAGGACGUUACAAGUUGGACACAGGGGCAAAAACGGUUGAGGAGAAUUGAGCCCAAGGUUUGGACUCCGCUCAAGGGAAGAUGCUCUAAAAUAAAACGUCUCGAGUUAAAUUGUGGGAACAUUUAUUUUCAGAAAUCCUGAAUGUGCUAUUAAAAUUAAGGAACUAUUUAAAGUGCAUAUUUUGUGCCACGUUUUCCCGUUUUUAUUGCGACUAUGUGACUCAGUUUUGACCCUUGUGUGUUCCUAAUUCAACAUGGAGAACGGGGAAACCGCUCCGAUGACCAACAUUCGUCCAGAAAUUCGGCAAUACCUCGUCCUCCUUCAGGACUCUCUGGCCAUAAAAUUUGUCCCAAUUCACGACGACAAGAACAACCAAGGACAAGAACAUCACGACGAGGAAGAAGGAGACGAUGAUCAUCAUCACUCGGCAGGAAGAGCAGACAAACUUACAAAUCCGGCCAAGGAUCGGAAGGUCACCAAAUUUAUGCCGGAACAAGAACAUGCACUUCCGCAGGAUUCAAGCCUCAAAGGAAUAUUUUUGUUUAAGGAAUUUGUCCACGCCAAUUCUGCCUGUAUCUGGAACCCGGAAGUCACUCAUGCCAUCACAUCCCUCGAGUAUAAAGGAACUAUUUUACCCUCCACAAUUUUAGUCGGUGGUUUGACCAGUAUCACGGACAAGGACGAUUCUUCCGAUGCCACCCCCAUCCCCGAUGACACCACCACCACAAACAAUUGCAUCAUAAUCGUCAAGUUGGCAUGGGCUAGAAAAAUUUUGAAAAGUCCACCCGGAUUUAGAAUCGAGUUUGUCGGCGAAAUUGAAGAACUUCUCGCCGAUCCGGUCGAACCGAGCAACUUUAUUCCAUUGUCAGACUCGAUAUGUUGGGCCAUUCACGAACUUACGGGUGCAGGUCGAGAAGCCUUCGUAGACGGGAUUUUAGAAGAGUUGGGAAGUUCAUUUCCUGACACGGUGCUUCCACCAAAAGAGCUUUUAUACCAGGUCUUGGAGAGACUCACGAAAUCGAAGAAAGUUUACCAGACGGAGCACGGGUACUUCAUCACGGGAGGAACGGCGAGCAGUAAAAUGCAGGAAAAUCAAGGAGAUGACGAGGACGAUGAAAUUUAUCGGAAAGCGGACGAUGCUGCUUUAGGUGCCAUAAGUUGUAGUAGUAAUAAGUCUUCGCUAAGGAGAUGCAGUUCGUUACGAGAUUCGAUCAAGAAAUAUGAAAGGGCAACGACAGGAUGUCUUCCCCGAAGAACGUUUUCUUUAGGGGGGAAAUUAAAGGGGAAGAACAAAGCGGCAACGCUGCUUGGUGGGAAAGUACUGCAGAAAGGAGACAAAUUACCAGGGGGAGAAUUGACAACGACCAAUUCGUCAGAAAAUAUGAAGGAGUUGACGUUAAGCAAGGAAUCUCUCGUGCUGGACAGGCGACGAAAGCAUAAAUCUUUCCUGAAAAACUUGCUAACUUUUCGGCGUACUCCAUCAUCGCCGAAAGGAGGUACAAAAUUUGCUGGUAACAAGCACGCCAAGAAAACAAGAAGCCACAAGUCGAGUGACGAAUAUCUCGUACACUUUUCUACAAAAGAGAUUUCCACACAAACGUCGAAUUCUAUUGAGAAUUUGGGAGAAAGUUUGCGCCUCUUGUCCGUCUCGACGUCACACGACAGUGGACAUGAGGAAAGGAGCAGCAAUUCGUCGUCGUCAAUGGGACCCCAAACGCCAAGUCCGAAGUUGGGGAAGGGAGAACUUGACUCGGAUUCGGGGAGGUACACGGAAUCUUCCGAGCAUGACGGAAAAGAGCACUGCAUCACGUCUUCAACCCCUUCAACGAUGACAUCGCCAUCCUGCUCGUCUUCGAACAAGGAUGAAGACGACUUAGAACUUCGUCGCCUCUUGUCCCCCACGCCGACACCGUCUUCGUCCUCCUCCGCGGCCGCUUACCUCUACAACAACCCUUAUCGACGCAGAUAUCUUGGCUACCAGCAUCACACUCCCCUCUUGUUGUCGCCCCACUCUCCCAGCAAGUCAAGCACACUGCCCCCACUGUCGAGUCGGGCAUCCUCAGCCAUGUCGAGUACGUCGUCUUGUCUCAAAUAUCCGGCCAGGUCGUGGGACAAAAAGGUGAUUUACGAUCGGAUGCUGCAUUCCGCCAAAAUAGGAACACUUCCCCCCACGAGGAAAUUUGGGACAGGGUUAACUUCAUCAACAACGAGCAGUUACAGCGAUGCAAGUCCAAAACCUGUCACCGUCGUGACAAGGACGACACCAACGAUAACGCCAACCACGUCAUCAUCAUCAUCGUCCAACGUGCAGGUCGAAGUGCUGCUCCCACUGGGCAAAUUGAUCAACCAAGUUCUCACUGAUUUUGUAGACGACUCAAAAACCGAAAAGACGAAAUCUUCGGCUGAGACCCCAACAUCGGGAAAGAUGGAAAACACUUCCACAAAUUCCACCACUUCACAGGGAUCGUCCCACAUAAAUAACUUGUUUACGUUCAAAAGCUCCGUGUCGAGUAAUACGACGACGCCCCUGUGCAAGUCGGAAGUCGAGGUGGACGUGCACUUUACUGCGACUGGGAGACCGCAACAAGGAAGCCUCUUCUUCCCCAAGGGUGGAAAUUCGGCAUCGAAUAUCAACAAGUCCUCGAAGGGAGGAAGUAGCAGUAGUAUUAACAUUAAUUCGUGUAAUUCGGGUGUGGAACGGAUAUCCUUCAUCAAACCACCCGUCCUCGGAUUGGGUGAGUGCCGAGAGAGUGAAAUCAUGUAAAGGGAACAUGUAACAUUAAUUAAUUAUAUAUUUAAAUAUCUGCCAAAUAAUAAAUACGCGAGCUUUUACUAAUAAUUAUGCGACAAAGAGACAUUUACUGUAGAAUCACGACAAAUAUAUGGAUUCCACAACUGCUUAACAAUUAGUAUGCGUUAAACACUAUUAAUUUGUCCGUCUUUUUCUGUUCGAUGGUGCAUAUGUACUCGUAAUGUACCUGUAAUUGAACUUUUCUCUGCUUUUCUUCACUAAUCAUACCUUAAUUAUUUUUAGCUUAACACUGCAAAGUUAAUUGUGUGUAAGUCUUACAUUUUGUGUGCAGGUGGUCAUUUUAGCAUUAAGUUUGCCAUAAUAGUUUUAGAGAAAUUUAUGAUUUGUUCAUCGUUAAGUUUUCGAUGAGUUUAUAUACCUUUUAAUAAUUAUUAAAUAGUACAAUUGUUAUCUGCAGAGCUACGAUAUUUUAGUAAACCUUUAUAUUUUUCGACUUUGUGGAGGUUUUGACGAAUAUGCAUGAAAUAACUGCAUUGUGUACCGAAUGGUUGUUGCGUUACCCAUGAAUGAAUUUAGAGAAACAUAAAUUACGUAAAUUUAGUUGAAUCACUUUAUUAUCAUUAUUCUUUCAAUCGCUAAAAUUGAUAAUUUACCCUUCUUCCCACCCUCGCCAACCGGACCUCUGCUCCAAAAGGUUUAUAAGUUUACUAAUAAAUAUGUCACUAUAAUUAAUAAUCGUUAGCACCAAUAAUUAACAUGUUCACAUUUUCAGAGAAACUUACAAUAAAAAAUGAAAAAUCUUAAACUUA